UUCCAUUUGGGAUGAUUUCAAGAGCGAGGAUAUUGCAUCAUUAGAAUUUGGACGGUACGGUGGCUAAGGAGGUUGCUCGACCCUUCUUAGUGGAAAUUUUCGUAAAGUGAAGAUUGUGCAGUGUAUUUGCUUUAAAAGUGCUUUCAUUCCGUGCAGCAACCGCACUCUGUUGUAAUGUGGCGCAGUGGAAAAGAGUAUAUGACCAGCACGAACGGGAAAGGUCAAAUUAGUGGUGAUGGCCCGGAACCUCCCUCCAAGCUAAAUUUGGCAGCAAAACCCUUCACGUUGCCGUUGCGCCGGCUGAAUGUAGCUCCAUCCAACUCGCAGGGCGACAGCAAUGGCAGCAGCAACAGCAGUAACAAAAUUCAAGAAAUUGCUUACAUUGGGCCAACACAUCUGCCCGUUAAUACGCGCGUGUGGAACUCGAUUUCGUCUUACUCGCUCGAAGACAUUGCUCGGACGGCUCCUCCAGCAAGGCCAACCCAAAGCCAAAUCAUAAAUGUCUUCCCUAGCAACAGUGCAACAGCAGCAGGCAGCUGCUUAAAAUCUCCGAUUCAAUAUCCGACUACGCAGGCUACACAAUUUCCUUUCGGACCAAUCCUGCUUGACAAUGGUGUCAUACAGCUGCGCCUGCGAGAUUCAAUUACAGUGGACAUGACGGCGGACGGAUCGGUGAAGGUUGUCAAUGGCAACCAUAAUAUUGCAAUUGCUAUUUCGAGCGAUACGUUGGCCACUGCGAUGCAUCAUCCAAAUGGAAUCGUUUUUCAAAAUGGGCCACGAGUGGAUAUAGCCGCGGUCGAUGCAAGACGCAAAUAUCCUUUCAUCCGUUUUGCUAAAAUGUGGCAUAAGGGAAUCAGCCUAACGAGCGCAAGGUACUCCCUGAUUUAUCUGGUCGAUUCGGCCGGCACACGGACCACGUCCGACAUGAUUAGUAUGGAUAUGGAAGCGGAUUAUGUGAACCAGGUUUUCUUCAAUGGCGUUGUACCAGCAGCCCAUAACUACAUAGACCAAUGGCAAAUCAUCCAGAACUCGAGCUACCAGCUCGGGCAAGAGGGAAGCCUGCAGUUCCAGGUAAAUGGAUUCCGCAUCACGCAGGGUGGGGAUGGAUUGGUGAAAAUAUAUCGUUCCAACAACCGCUGCUCGAUCCGUACCAGUCCCACCAACGGCUGUGCGACAGUCACCACAAAUUCCAUCCAUUGCACCGCAUCGCUCGGAACGUCCUCGCAUCUGUUUGUAAGACGUGAAGAACGUCGGAUGCACUUUGACGGGGCGACGUUCAUCGUGCGCAAUGCUGGCCAUUCUGCUGGUUUUGACGAGCUUGAUCGAUUGCGCGUUUACUGAAGAGGAAAUGUAAGCACCUAUCGUCAGCUUUUAUGGCUGCCCGGCACUAGGCUCAUCAAAGGGUGCCGGUCGAUCGGUGGCUGUUUUUAGUAUGCAUUGUAUCUCAUUACAGCUUCAUACGGGGCACGUAUCUCCUCCGCAUUUGUGGCAAGCAAAUUGAAUUCCAUUGUUUCGUUUCGAAGUCUAGUUCAAAUUCAUUUAUCGAUUACUAAUGCAUUACCGACCGACAGGGACGUGUUUGUGUGGCUGCGUAUGGUCAUUUGAAAAGCAUGUCAACUACUAAUAAAACUAAAUUCUCUUUAAUGCAUGCGAAUGCUGUGCUAUGACGGCGGAAAAUACUCACAUGUUCGGAACUGGAAGGGUUAGGGAGUGGGCCCGACCUACGAAGACGGGCUAGGGCACUCCUGAGACCUUCCGUACUGCUAUGUUUGGCCCCCCGUUCAAAAAUAUAACAACCGCACAGGAACAGCUUGAAAGUCUA